AAAUCUUCCCACAAACCAACCGCACUCGGCACACCCACCGCACUGAACAGUCGCCGUCGACACGAGCGCCCUCUGUCACAGGCGACGACUAGCGAUCCAUUGCACGCGACGGACGCAUCGAGAGGACAUCCCAUCCACAUCCAUCCAUGCAUGGCCCAGCGUCAGAUCCCAUCCACCAUGCAUAGCGCCUUCGCGCACCAGCAGAACGCCUAUGGAGGACAGCCGGAGUGGCAGCAUCCCAACCAGGCACAGCAACACCAUUACGCGGCGCAGACUCAAGCUGCCGCUGCCGCUGCCAAUGCCGCUGCGCAGCAGCACUAUGGACGGACAAUGAGCGCAGCAGGCCAGAACAAUGGCGGCGGCAACAACAACUCAGGCAACACCGGUAUGAACGGCGGCUCGGGACUCGGAGGCGGCAAUGGAAUGGGAGGAGGAGCUAGUGCAGAUCAUGGAGGUGGCAGCAUCAUGGGCCCAGGCGAGAACAUCAGCGACGACAACCGCAGAGUCUUGGAGUGGAUCUCGCAAGUUCUGCGACCCGAGACACGCGAGGCGGCUUUGCUGGAACUGAGUAAGAAGAGAGAGCAGGUGCCAGAGUUGGCGCUUAUUCUGUGGCACUCUUUUGGCGUCAUGACCUCACUUCUACAAGAGAUCAUAUCGGUGUACCCGUUGCUGAACCCUAGUCAGCUGACCGCCGCUGCAUCCAACAGAGUGUGCAAUGCACUCGCUCUUUUGCAAUGCGUAGCGAGCCACGGAGAGACCCGAGGGCUGUUCUUAAAUGCUCACAUACCGCUCUUUUUGUAUCCAUUCCUGAACACGACCUCCAAAUCCCGGCCAUUUGAGUACCUGCGGCUUACAUCUUUAGGAGUCAUCGGGGCACUCGUCAAGAACGACAGUUCGGAAGUCAUCAACUUUCUUCUUACGACAGAGAUCAUCCCAUUGUGCCUUCGUAUCAUGGAGACUGGGUCAGAACUCAGCAAGACAGUUGCCAUCUUCAUCGUCCAGAAGAUACUGCUCGACGACAUGGGCUUGCAGUACAUCUGCCAAACAUACGAGCGAUUCUAUGCUGUGGGUACCGUUCUUAGCAACAUGGUGACGCAGCUGGUAGAUCAGCAAACAGUGCGCCUUCUCAAGCACGUUGUGAGAUGUUUUCUGCGGCUUUCCGACAAUGCUCGUGCACGCGAGGCUCUUCGCCAGUGCCUACCUGAGCCCUUACGCGACGCCACAUUCUCGCCUGUAUUGCGAGACGAUGCUGCAACAAAGCGCUGCCUUGCACAGCUCCUGUUGGCGCUGUCUGACCAGGCCGAGGCUUCUGUGACCGGCGCUUAUGGACACGGCCAACAUGGUUUGCUUGCAUAGUAAGCAAGCAUCGCAUCAUGUUGGCCACUUAAUGCUCGGACAGGGUGUUUCCGGCACAUUUCUUAUUGGGUCUAUCCAGCCUUGUCACUGGCCCCAUGGAUUCGACGAAUAUACUCUGUUGUGAACAGAAGACAUUUAAUCGCUGCAGCCUGGUUGUCGCAAUCCAGCUGGCCUCCGCGUAGCGCAUGGAACCUUCCGAACAACUUCACAGAGCGAGAUACUAUCCUAGGAUGACCCUUCAUUCAUGUUUGAGAUGCGAUCACGGGUGGGCGUUCAGUCAGGAGAACCUUACGGGACCGAGUGUGAGAAUGCUCUUCUUUACGGGCAAGCGAGGCUUCUUAUACCCCAUACGCAGCAGCUGACGAAGAGCUCGUCUGCCAGCUCGAAGCGUAGCUUCAUCUUCGUGACUUUUUUCUUCUAUUUCGGUCAGGGACAGGGAACAGAGCAGAGCUGGAGCAUAGCAUGGACAAAAGCGGCGUUUACGAGAGAGAGAGAGAGAGAGCGAGAUGUAGAAUUACAGCCGGGAACACAAAAGGGGACGUACUGCUACUUCAGUGGCUGGAGAGGGCUCAUGAACGUACGCGUGUAGAUAUGACGGGGUGGAUUGCCCUUCUUUUUUUCCUUUUGCUUUUGACGUGCUAUGACGGAAGCGAAUCGGCGCGAGUCAACAUCGAGAUAG